CCCGCCGUGCCUCGCCCGUGGUGCUGCUCCGAGGGAGCAUCCUCAGCGGUUUGCCCGUCCUGUGCUGUAACCAAGGGCAUUUGAUUUUCACAAGCCUUUAAGCGAGGGGCUUUUCUCAGCAUGCAGUUGCUUUAGAUUUGGGAGUGAUCACCAGCCACAUCCUCCGCAUUGGACAUUCAGCUUCUAUUUCCAUACCUUCUUCCUGCUUUUCUGAAGAAUAAAAUCUUAAAUUGUCCUGGGCUCAAGCAGUAAAGGAUAAAUUCAUUCACUGGCUGACUUGUCAUCUCACCAUUCUGAUGGAAAAAUGCUCCCUUAAAAUAAACCCUUUUUAUGCCACUAAACUGCCUUUGAAUACAAGAUCUGUUGCAAUUUUUAAAACACAAACCCAAUAAUGUCAGAACCUGACCCUUCAUCUGGAUUUGUGGGAAACAUGGAAAAUGGGACUUUCCUGGAGCUGUAUCCCACAUCCCUUUCAACUUCAGUGGAUUCAUCUCCUGGCCGUUUAUCCAACGUCUAUAUCUAUGUUUCUAUAUUCCUUAGUCUCUUAGCUUUCCUCCUUUUGCUACUCAUCAUUGCACUUCAGAGGCUGAAAAACAUAAUUUCUUCCAGUUCCUCCUACCCUGAAUACAAUAGUGAUGCUGGAAGCUCGUUCACUAAUUUAGAGGUUUGUAGUAUUUCUUCCCAGCGCUCUGCUCUCUCAAACCUUUCUUCAUGAAAAUAAAUGAAAGGAAACACACAGCGAAUGGAAGAGCUUUGUCUAGCUUCUUGGAGAAGUAGUGCAUGUAACAUUUGCCUUAGAAGACUAUUAUCAAGAGGUGUUUUUAAAAGUUUCCUUGUUUUUUUCCCUUUUAACUAAUUUUCAUUUUGGACAAUGGAUAAUGAUACCUGAUCUUCAUUUCUUGCCUGUAAUAGUGAUGCUGUCUCUUUCUCACACAUAGACGGUGUUCAUUGAGAGUAUUCCUGCCAUAUUGUAAUACAGUUCUAACUGGAUGUGUCAUUUCUCUGCUCUAAUUGUGACCCCUUCCCUGGUCUUGUGUCAGCAAUAUGCUGACUAUUUUUCUUUUCCUUUUUUAAUUAUAUAAGGACUUCUGGAUGAAAUCCCUAUUGCUAAAGUACAAAAAAAUCUGCUUAAAUUAUAAAUAUUGGGACAAUUUAAAGUUGUUGAUUAUUUCCUUUCUUACUUUUUAAGUUUCACAUAUUUUUCAGUAUUUAUUGAUGUUUAUAAAACACAACUAAUUCUUGAAGAAUGUUGUUUUUGUUUAUUUGUACUCCCGUCUUGUUCUGUAUGAAGUCUGUAUUUCAGUUUUUGGGUGUCUUUGGUUAACUUAGUAAAGUGACUACAAUAACGAUGCUCA